ACCAACUCUUUCAUCACUUGACUUAUAUAUAUAUUUAAAAAAACCAAUCAACCCUCCUCAAAUCACAAAUCAAACACGAUAAUGGCACUUUCGCAAUCCUCCACUUUGUCAUCAAAAUCUUGUUUGAUCCAAAUUCAAACCUACAAAUCUCACCAACCCUCUUCGUCUUUUUCUGUCCUUCCAUCCACCGCUCGCACCAAACAACCAAAACCGAUCUCCGCCGUCCACGCCGCUGAGCCAGCUAAAAACAUAACAAAAACACCCCCACCACCACCCCCGUCAAAAUGGACCAUCGAUAGCUGGAAAACAAAGAAAGCCUUACAGCUACCUGAAUACCCAGAUAAAGAAAGUUUGAAUAAUGUUCUUAAAACUCUUGAAGAUUUCCCUCCAAUUGUGUUUGCCGGAGAAGCCAGACAUUUGGAAGAACGGCUGGCGGAUGCGGCUGUUGGGAAAGCAUUUUUGUUACAAGGAGGAGAUUGUGCUGAAAGUUUUAAGGAGUUUAGUGCUAAUAAUAUCAGGGAUACUUUCAGGUUACUUUUGCAGAUGAGUGUUGUUCUCAUGUUUGGUGGCCAAAUGCCCAUUAUUAAGGUAGGAAGAAUGGCAGGGCAAUUUGCAAAGCCCAGAUCAGAUGCAUAUGAAGAGAAGGAUGGGGUGAAGUUACCAAGUUACAAAGGAGACAACAUUAAUGGUGAUGCUUUUAAUGAGAAAUCAAGAAUUCCAGACCCCGAUAGAAUGAUCAGAGCUUAUUGCCAAGCUGCAGCUACUCUUAACCUUCUCAGGGCAUUUGCCACUGGUGGUUAUGCUGCUAUGCAACGCGUCACUCAAUGGAAACUUGAUUUUGUUGCAAAUAGUGAACAAGGAGAUAGGUACCAGGAGCUAGCUAACCGUGUGGACGAGGCUCUAGGAUUUAUGUCUGCUGCUGGACUGACAAUCGACCACCCAAUUAUGUCAACAACUGAUUUCUGGACAUCUCAUGAAUGCUUGCUCUUACCUUAUGAACAAUCACUGACUAGGCUUGAUACAACUUCUGGUCUUUACUAUGAUUGCUCUGCUCAUAUGGUCUGGGUUGGGGAACGUACCCGCCAGUUAGAUGGUGCCCAUGUUGAGUUUUUAAGAGGCGUUGCUAAUCCCCUUGGUAUCAAGGUGAGCCAGAAGAUGGACCCGAAUGAGCUUGUUAAGCUCGUUGACAUUCUCAAUCCCAAUAACAAGCCUGGAAGGAUUACAGUGAUUGUAAGAAUGGGAGCUGAGAAUAUGCGAGUGAAGCUUUCCCCUUUGAUUAAGGCAGUAAGACAAGCGGGGCAGGUUGUGACCUGGGUCUGUGAUCCAAUGCAUGGAAACACUAUAAAGGCACCAUCUGGCCUUAAAACACGUCCCUUUGAUUCCAUAUUGGCUGAGGUGCGAGCUUUCUUUGAUGUUCAUGAACAAGAAGGAAGCCACCCCGGAGGAAUUCAUUUGGAGAUGACCGGGCAGAAUGUGACAGAGUGCGUUGGUGGAUCAAGAACGGUGACUUUUGAUGAUUUAAGCUCACGCUACCACACACAUUGUGACCCAAGGCUAAACGCUUCCCAGUCGCUAGAGUUGUCCUUCAUUAUUGCAGAACGGUUGAGGAAGCGAAGAAUGGGGUCUCAGAGCUCAUUCAAAUUUUAGAUGCAACUACCUGCUUGUUAUAACCGUUUUGAAAUUUUUGUGUUUGUUUUUUGGAUUUUAAGUUGACGUGUAUUACCUUUGGACAAAUAAAUACCAGAGUCAUGGUUUUGUUUUCAAUAUAAUACUAAAAUGGUACCCUUUUAUCUGCUAA